UGUAACACAGAGCCGUCUCUUAGAAGUCAUCGUUUGGUUAAGUUCAGUUCCUUUUCAUUAUUCAUUAUUUAAAUCGAAUCCUGUAACCGCGUUGCGGGCGUCAGCUGGUUAUCCCAAUAUUAUAUUCUUUCGUUUCUUCAAACCGAUGUUAGAAGCGGUCAUGCAGGACGAAGAGAACUCCCCAGUCUCUCCAGUAGAGAGCCUGAGCAACAGUGAGGACGAAGGAGACAGGCAACUAAAAAAAAGUGUCAGAAAGAGGCGACCGAGCAGGAAAUCUGGAGAGGAAACAGACAGCCCUGCGUCAGUGAAAAGGGGCAAGAAGAGGGACGGUAGCCCCCAGUCUUUCGAAGAACUGCAAACCCAGCGGGUCAUGGCCAAUGUAAGGGAACGCCAGAGAACGCAAUCCCUCAACGAAGCCUUCUCCGCCCUGCGCAAAAUCAUUCCGACCCUCCCGUCAGACAAACUGAGCAAAAUCCAGACCCUCAAGCUCGCGGCUAGGUACAUCGAUUUCCUUUACCAGGUCUUACAAAGUGACGAGCUGGACAACAAAAUGUCGAGCUGCAGUUAUGUGGCCCACGAAAGACUCAGUUACGCUUUCUCAGUGUGGAGGAUGGAGGGAGCCUGGUCCAUGUCCACAUCACACUAGCAGCUACCCUGAGGACAAAGGUGAAAAAGAUUUGCCACAAAGGGCCAACGGCUGGACAGACAACAGGGUUUGACGUCUGGAUACUUAAACGUGUUGAUCUUUGCCACUGAUGGAUCAUAAGAGAAUGUUUUUUUCUUUAUUAACCCCCCCAAAAAAAAUCUCGUGGAAGGAGCGUGGGAAGCACUUACAGAAAGCGAGCCAUGGAUCGUGGAACCAUUCAAUCGUGCGGCUAUACAAUCGUUUGUACAUCUGAGGUGUAUUUUGCCAUUCGCAUCAUUUUAUCCUGACGAUGAAUGUUGUUGGAACUCAUCCCUCCCUUUACUAUGCAUGCAUUCAACAAUCAUGUCUAUAUCUGCUAUUGAAGACGCAGGAAAGUUGAAUUAUUUUGUUUUGUUUUUUUUCCCCCAAAACCUGCUACGGCGAACCAGUCUAGAGUGACAAUAAUUUUUAGAAAAUGGACCAAACUGUUAUGCAAAGUCCAGUUGGUUAGUCUUUCCCCUCGAAAAAUCAUUUAUUUAUUUAUUAAUGUGCCAUGUCUCAAUGCAUAAAGAUCUGGUCUCUAAAUGCAUUCAUAUUUUUGUGAUUGUUUUGUAAAUAACUUUGUAUAUUUUCUGCAAUAAAUACCUAUGAUCUAAA